AUCAUAAUAUCAUGAACACCUAAUCGCAACUACUCGGCCCUUUCCGUUAGACUGGUCCCCUGCGCACUUCCAGCGAAUGCAGUUAUUUCAUUGGUUAAUUAAUCGAUACAUGUAAACAAAUAUGGCUGCCGGUGGCUGAAGAGCAAGAGAAAUUUAACAAAUAUGUCAACACUAGAGCAAAUAAACCAAGCUGUAUCAAAAAUACCUUUGAAGAAAAUAGGUUCAUGCAUAGGAACACCAGAAACGCUUGAAAAUAUACCAUGGAAAAAAAUUGGUAUAGCAUCAGCUGUGGCAGUACCAUCUGUAUAUGUAGGAGCCCCUUUGGUUAUAUCUACCAUAGGAUUUAAAGCAGGUGGAAUUGGUUCGGGCUCUGUAGCAGCCAAGUUGAUGUCCAUGGUAGCUGUAGCAAAUGGUGGAGGAGUACCAGCCACUAGUUUUGUUGCAGCAAUGCAAUCAGCUGGUGUUUUAGGAAUUUCUACUAAGACAGGCAUUCUUAUAGGGAGUGCUGUCAGUGGGGCAGUAUGGCUAGCACCAUCUACAAACAAUAUCCAUGUUGCAGAAGAUACAAGUAGCAAAACUGUUAUAGAGGAUUCAGAUAAUAAAUCAGUUGUAAAUGGAGGUACCUCAUCAGCCUUACUGUCAGCGUGCAACAUGACUAGUGAUGUAAUUACAAGGGCAGCCAGUAGUACAUAUUCAACAGUAAAGACAGCAGGUCAUGCGACAUAUGGUUUGAUUGACAAAGGAAGUAGUGUUUUAUUGUUUCCAUUCACAAACCAGUCAGCUGAAACUAAAGAUGAUGCUAGUAGUAAGACAGACAUGGAAGGUUCAAGGUACCAGACUGUUGUUGAUGGAGCAAGUAGUGCUGUAACAGGGACAGCAUCCAUUAUCAGCAGAGUUGUAAAGAUGCCAGUCACUUUAUGGUCCAGUGUGGAAAUCUCUGAUGUGAAGAAAGAAGAGUGAACUGUUAUUGAGGUCAUGUUGACCUUUAUGUUUGAUCUCACUUUUUUGUAGUACAUUAGUAAUGCUUAGUCUUCAUAAAACUCUAUUUACUAUAGUCUGUUUCAAAUAUAUCCUUUUUAGCUCACCUGAGCUUGCUCAGGGUGAGCUUUUAGGAUCGAUGAAUGUCCGUCGUCCGUCGUCCGUCCGGCCGUCCACAAUUGCUUGUGAACACUCUAGCGGUCACAUUUUUGCCUCAAUCAUCAUCAAACUUGGUCAGGAUGCUUAUCUAGUUGAAAGCUCGGAUGAGUUCGAACAUGGGUCAUCUCAGAUGAAAAACUAGGUCACAAGAGCUAAAAAUAGAAAAACCUUGUGAACACUCUAGAGGUCACAUUUUUGACCCAAUCAUCAUCAAACUUGGUCAGGAUGUUUGUCUAGGUGAUAGCUCGGAUGAGUUCGAACAUGGGUCAUCUCGGAUGAAAAAGUAGGUCACAGGAGCUAUAAAUAGAAAAACCUUGUGACCACUCUAGUGGUCACAUUUUUGACCCAAUCAUCAUCAA